GGCAGUGUUGCCUCGCUUCUCGUACUGGCUGCGGCUCUCUUGUGACAUUCAGAACUGUAGUUAUAACUGGUGGUUGCAGGAUUCCAUAAUUCCGGCUUAUUGAAACAUUCUCAUGUCAGUUAUUUGUUGUGACAGUUUAUCGGAAUCCUGUGCGCGCGUGUUAGUCUAAGAUGAACCAAGUGUUGAGUUUCUUGUCCAGCCCUACAGCCACCGCAGCGGCUCCAUCUCCGGAGGCGCUGCGUUAUCCCUGGUGCUUCGUACCGAGGCACAUGGUGCAAACGACUAUGGCUGCGCCGUUCCCCUACAGUCAGAACGGCGAGGCGGGCGUCAAAGCAGAUCCCGGUAAAGAAGGGCCGCCUUUUUCGCCGCCGGGAGCCCCGGGGGCCCCGGCACCUGGCGCCCCCGGAGCACCCCCAGCACCGCAAACCACACCCACCGCUGCCGUCCCUGGCGUCCCUGUCACAGUGUCGUCGAGUGCGGCGACGGUAGCGGGGGGUAUGGCAGUACAAGUACCUGUCGGUCCACCUGUGGUAGCUAACGGUGUGGAACAAGCAGCUGUUAAUGCGAGUGAAGGUGAAAAUGGUGAUGGAGCAGCAAAUGGUCAGCCUGGAACACCAGCCCCUGCCAAAGAACAGCCCAAACGACUUCAUGUUUCCAAUAUUCCCUUCAGAUUUAGAGAUCCUGACCUUAGAAAUAUGUUUGGGAAGUUUGGCACAAUCUUAGAUGUUGAAAUAAUCUUCAAUGAGCGUGGAUCAAAGGGUUUUGGUUUUGUGACUUUCGCUUCUGCAGCUGAUGCGGAUCGUGCCAGAGACUCACUAAAUGGCACUGUUGUUGAAGGUCGUAAGAUUGAGGUGAACAAUGCCACUGCACGUGUUCAAACCAAGAAACCCGCAGCAGCAGUUCCUAACGUUAUACUCGCUAGAAAUGGAAUGGUGCCAACUGCCGUGGCGGCGGCCCUCCGAGGUGUUGCGAUCCAGCGUGGCAGGGCUCGGACGUAUCCGGCCACUGCCCUUGCACGUCAUCCCACCCCACUAACAGCUGCCGCCACAGCUCUGCAUGGCUACACACCCGGUGUUUAUUAUGACCCCUUCCUAGCAGCGCAGGCAGCAACAGCAACUCCUCUUCAGGUGAAUCCACAAGCAGCUGCAGCCGCAGCGGCAGCAGUGGCCCAGCCUACUGCGGUCAACCCCGCCGCCGUUGGGGUCUCCGCCGCACAGCUCCUUAAAACACCAACACUUUCUGUCUCAACGGCUCCACAGGCAGGGUAUGCAGCAGCAGCAAAUGCUUACACGGCUGCUGCGGCAAGAGCAUAUGGAGUAGCUGCGGCGGCCGCCCAACCUCCAGCAGUAGCUGCUUACCCCACAAUUGCAGCUGCCGGAUCGAUCUAUUACAGUGCCUAUGCUGACAGGCCCUACCCAGACCCAUACAUCGCUGCUGCAUCGGGUAUUGGACCAGUGGCAGGCUAUGGGGGGUUCGGCAUGGCAGGACCUUUAAGUAAUGAACAAAAACUACAAAUCUACAAGGCGGUCUACAGAGGAAGUUACAAUCGCUUUGCACCAUAUUGAGGACCUGAUAUGUGCAUUCAUCAAAUAACAUGACAAAGCUGUUAUCAAUUGCUCAUUAGAGACUAUGUUGGUCUUUGCGACUAUAAUUAUAUACAAAAGACUCAGUUCCCAGCCCUUGACCAUCUCUUGUUAGAAAUAACCAUAAAGUGUCUGUUCAUGUCGUACUGGCAGAAGUCCAGUUGGUGUGACACUUUUGGACAAAGAUUUCUGUUUUGGCAGCCAGCUAUCGCACUGUAUGUGGGAUUCAUCCAAAAUUGUUCAAUAAUAUUCGUGAAGAAUUCACCGGAGAUAUCCCAUAGUCAGGCUCUGUCAGUGGUUACCACUUCAACGUAAAUAAAUGGUGGCACAACGUUGGUAGGUGUGUGAUUGUUUUGUGUGUUAGACUUGAGUAUGUGAAUGAGGUAAUUGAAGUUGUGUGGCAUCCAGUGUACAUUAGAUGGCUUGGGCUGGAAGGUGGUGUGUUGCCACCCACACCAACCUGACCAACACAUGAACUCUGUGCUGUUGUUACCAUUUUUCCUCUACUGUUUUGUAUAAGGGCCUUUUAGUGAUUUUCUGAACACUAGAAACUUCAGUUUCAACUAUUGUAGGCCAUUUCUGAGUCAUUGAACUACCAUGAUUUGUUAUGUUGAGUAGGCAUGGCCCAUUUCAUAUAAUAUUUAUGAAAUGAAUUGUGCAUUUUUUAAUGUAUUCAACGAAACAUUUGACAAGUGUGACUCUUAUAAUCUAUACUUGUACAGUGUAUGUUUACACUUCUAAGAUAACCAGUAAUGAAUCUCAACUUCUGAUAGCCCUAUUGAUAUUAGCUAUAGAAUCUCAUUUAUUACUUCAACUAAGAUCUUUUUAAUUUUUGAAAUUUCAAUUGUGCACCAUAUGCACUUGAUAUUUCUAAACUCAAAAGUUAUUUUAUACAUGGUGCAAUGUCGGAACAUAUUCCUCCCUCAAGGCAUUGUAAUGAAAAUGUUUUUGGUGUUAAGUAGAUUUUUGUAUGAUGCAGAACCCCACUCUUAAGGUCACAUAUAGUUUCUAAGUCACAAAGGGUAUGAUUUUGUCAAGAUUGGUUUUUUAUUUAUAUCGUAUAAUAGUAAUAUUGAAUAAUUUUAUUCUAUUAUAUUCAUAUAAUUGUGAAAUAGAAUCAGUUGUAGCCAAGACAAUCAUUUAUUUUAAAUUUGACAUGGCUAGAAAAUUUAUUUACAUACUGUCAUUUACUAAGUUUGCUUUUACAAAAAAAAAAAAAUGUGUGGGUUCUUCAAUAUACCUCCUUUUUUAGGUCAGUACAUUUUUGUAGGUUAAUUAUCCCUUAUCCCUGUACAAUAUUUGUAAGUUUGCACCAAACUGUUGAAAAUCAAAGUGUUUUUAGUGAAGAUGGACAGCACAAUCAUUUUCUCCAUAUGCCCAAGGUGAUAACUCUUUGUGAAUGUGCAUUUCCCAGUAGCAAUGUGAUCAGUCUGUGCAGUAAUAUGUGAGCUCUUUUCAUUAAUGCUCAUCUUAAAUGACAAAUGUAUUCAUUAUAUUAUUGUGUCAUCAGUGUCCGAAGUAUCAGUGACGUGUAUUUUCUCAUGUUUUGUAACUGAUGGCUUCUGCUGUUUAUAGCAGUGUGGCAUUAUGAGUGAAGGGUAUAGUGGUGUUCGCACAAACCUCAGGUAUCAAACCAGCUUGACCAUUAUGAUUGACAAACCCUGCCCUGGCUCACCACCUGCUUCUCUCUUUUUUAAUAGUUAUUUUUUUCUAGCACUUUCCCCCUACUUGUGCAGUUGUCAAUCAAUUUGUGUUGCAAUGUCUUGGUUUCUUUCUGCUGUGAAUCAUUGUUUUGCUUACCUUUGGGUCAACGACACUUCAGGACAAGGAAGUUGCAAUCUUGCAUUUCCCCCUCCCUGAUUGGCACAAUAUGAAUGUUGAUCAGGUGCAAUAGGGACUUUUAAAUAUUUCUUAGGAAUGACAGUAUUUGAGGCAUAUGAAGUUGUAUCCUGUUCUAAAUCCUGGAUUGUGACUUGUCCAUAGAGAAGCUGACCACAUGGGGAUUGUCAGAACCAAAGAUAUCAGUAUUUGUCCACUCUGCAAGUCUCCAUUCUGUGCUAUGCUUAUCGCCACUUUUCUAGUUUUAAACGUGCAUAAUGUUUCCUGUAUUUUUGUUUAUCUGAGAGUCAAGUGGCAGUCUGGAAUAAUAGAAAUGAACCAAAGAUCUAUUAACUGUUGUCGUACAUAGCAUCAUUUUAUCUUGGUUAUGCCACAUAUGUAAUCAUAGGAUCCGAGACAUGAUCCAUAUUGGAUGCCUUUCCAAGUUCCAGCUUAAGGCUUGUGUUUGGUCUAAGGCAUUCUGGCUGGAUGUGUGGUACAGUAUGUUGACUGCACUGAAAAAAAAAGACAAGGUGUAUAAUCAGCUUGUAGACAAUAUAGUGCAGUAGUGUUAAAUCUUGUGCAGCUAUUUUAAUUUUCAAAACUCAUGACUGAAAAUGGCAGCAAUUUUGGACUUAAGCAGCUACAUUCUCUCUCAGACUAAAGAGUAUUGUAUUGAAAUAAUUAAGGUAUUUACCCUACUCAAGGAAUGCUUGAUAGGUUACUACAAUUCACAGUGCAGGAAAGAAACCAGACAAUAGAGAUGUCAAGUCUUCCUUUUUAGCACAAUGGAUAAUUUGUGUCGUGUUGUGAAUCAGAGCACAAGAGAGAUUAAAUUAUUGAUUCCUUCAGUAAAGCACAAUGGUGAAUGUGUAUCGUAACGUCCAGUAAGAUGAUAUUUUGUUUGUGUUCACUUUUCGUAAUCUGUGUAAAAAACUUCACCAUUUUUGUAUAAUGUAUUAUUGUGUAAUGAUAUUUAGUAAUGACAAAAGAGUAAUAGUUUUAGAUAACUUUUUGCUCCUUUUAAAAAACCUGAUUGUGGUACUGUACAAAUCUGCCCUGUGUUUACUCUGUAUAAUAAAUAAAAUAUGAACAUUAA